GUGCUGCGGCUGGCCCAGCUGAUCGGCCAGGCCCAGCAAUCAGCCAGGUCCCUCUCAGACCGUUCAGCGGAGGCCGGCCCCAGCCACUCCUUCCUCUCCUGGUUCUGGUUUGGUUCAAGUGACUUGAACGGCUCCUACCUGGGGAACGACAUGGACGAAAUGGGGCAAGAGAGUAUACGAAAAACGGACGAAUACUUGGAGAAAGCCCUGGAAUAUUUAUGUCAGAUAUUUCGGUUGAACGAAGCCCAGCUGAGCCAGCUGAUCCUGAACAGGGGAGGGGCUGCAGAGGAGAAUGGGAAGAUGCUGCUGCCAGACUGCAUUGAGGAUGAAGAUGGGCUAACGCUCACACCUCUUGGGAGAUACCAGAUCAUCAACGGCCUGCGCAAAUUCCAGAUAGAGUACCAGGGCGAUUCAGAGCUUCAGCCAAUCCGAAGUUACGAAAGCACCACCCUGGUCCGGCUGCUUUUCCGUCUGUCUUUGGCCAUUAAUGAACGCUUUGGAAGUCAGAUGGAGAGGCUCUGUGCCAGAGAAGAUUUCCUUGGCGGUUUCUGCCGGUAUCAUCUUACCAACCCGUCUCUGGUGGCCAAUUCCCAGCGCAGCACACACACCAAGUGGCAUUCGGGGCGGAUUCAGCAGCCCAGAGUCAGCUUGAGGUUUCUGGCCAGCUACAGGACUCUCUUCUCCAUCCUGAUAGUUUACGUCAUGGCCGCCUGGUUCUGCCUUGGGCCAGUGGCCUGCACCUUCGUGCUCUUCUUGGUAUACCUUCUCUUUGCCUGUGUGAUGACUGUCUUGACUGAGAAAAGGCAGUUUCAUUGACAGCAAAAGUUGCCCAAGUAAGCCCUGUCUUCAUCUGGGGGUAGACUCUCCUCGGGGCUGAAGGUCUUUUAAAUCACUCACUGUGUGUGUAAUUCUAUGCCUGUCAGACUGUUGCUGUUUAUACAUUCUAUUUUGAUAAAAGUUUUUUUUAAAUAAGAAAA